AUCCUAAAAUGUCUGAUGCUGCUGUUGACACCUUAGCCACUGGAGACAAAGCAGAAAUUACUGAGAUGCCCAGUAGUGAUUCUUUACCGGAAGAUGAAGUGCACUGUGACUCAGCUACAAUUUCAGAUGAGCCAAUGCCAGCUGACCCCAGAGGAGACGUGCUUGAAAAUGCAGCUCUUCAGGGUGCAGAGGCUGCUGCUCCUGGGCCCCCUGGGCAGCCCCCAGAUGCCAAUGCCAUGGAAUCCUCCCUCAAUGAAGAAGUGAUUGAGGAUACACUUGCUGAGUGCACUGAUUCUGUCAGCCUUGAGACAGAACCUGGGUCUGAAAUACCCCUGAAAGAACAGAAUGAUCUGGCUGUGGAUUCCCCUGCAAGUGGAGGAGCAUGGGCAGGCUGGGGCUCCUGGGGCAAAUCUCUGCUCUCAUCAGCAUCUGCCACUGUAGGUCAUGGAUUGACAGCCGUCAAGGAAAAAGCAGGGGCCACCCUACGGAUUCACAGUGCAAACCCUGGACCUUCUGAAGGGGCACAAACAGAUACUGAAGACGGAGCCCCUGAAAUAACAGAUGCAGCCACAGAUCCAAGCCCCGCAGAAAGCCCCCCCAUUUCUCCUCCAUCAGCUCCUCGGGGCAUGCUGUCUGCCAUCACCAAUGCAGUUCAGAACACCGGUAAAAGCGUCUUAACUGGAGGUCUUGAUGCUUUGGAAUUCAUCGGCAAGAAAACUAUGAAUGUCCUUGCAGAAAGUGACCCAGGCUUUAAGCGGACCAAGACGCUCAUGGAGAGAACUGUCUCUUUGUCUCAGAUGCUAAGGGAAGCCAAGGAGAAGGAGAAGCAGAGACUGGCACAGCAGCUCUCAGUGGAGAGGACUGCGCACUACGGCAUGCUGUUUGAUGAGUAUCAAGGCCUGUCCCACCUGGAAGCCCUAGAAAUUCUAUCCAAUGAAAGUGAAAGCAAGGUUCAGUCAUUUUUAGCAUCACUUGAAGAAGAGAAGCUGGAACUCUUAAAACAUGACCUAAUUUCCAUUAAAGACAUCUUUGCAGCCAAAGAAUUAGAGAAUGAAGAGAACCAAGGAGAACAAGGCUUAGAAGAAAAGGGAGAAGAAUUUGCCAGCAUGCUUACAGAGCUGCUCUUUGAAUUACAUGUGGCAGCCACGCCUGACAAACUCAAUAAGGCCAUGAAGAAAGCGCAUGACUGGGUGGAAGAGGGUCACACCCCAGUGUCAGUAGAUGUCACAAAAGAAUCAGAGGAGGAAAUGAAGAAGAUAGAAAAGGAAGAAAAACCCGAAGACCCUCAAGAAGACAAAAAGGAAGAAAAGAGCAUGAAGACCGUGGAGGAAGUAUACAUGUUAUCUAUUGAAAGCCUGGCAGAAGUGACAGCACGCUGUAUCGAACAGCUUCAUAAAGUAGCAGAAUUAGUUCUUCAUGGACAAGAAGAGGAAAAACCAGCUGAGGACCAAGCAAAAGUUCUGAUAAAAUUAACUACUGCAAUGUGCAAUGAAGUGGCCUCUUUAUCAAAGAAAUUUACAAAUUCUUUAACCACUGUUGGGAGCAACAAGAAGGCGGAGGUCCUUAACCCCAUGAUCAAUAGUGUAUUGUUAGAGGGCUGCAAUAGCACCACGUACGUACACGAUGCCUUCCAGCUGCUGCUGCCCGUUCUGCAGGUCUCACACAUCCAGACCAGUUGUUUGAAAGCACAACCAUGACCUGGCCAGACUCUAUCUUUUAAAGGAAACUGCAGGCCACAUUGCUUUAAUGUACACCGCUGAAGGGGAUGUUUCCUAUGCAUCUGGCUUCCGACACCCACUGAAGGACACUACAGGCAGUUUUGCACAGACAGUAUUGAGAAUGCAAGUUUAAGGAAAGUUAUCAUUUAUCUUAAUGUAUAAGGUUGCCUUUACAAAUAAUUGUGUUUUCUUUAUGUUAACUUAAACAUGCGUAGCUUUUGUUGAACGUUUCCUUUUAUCUGAAAUUCACUCAUAAGUAUUCAUGACCACUUUUUUUGGUCAAGCAUGCUAAUUUCUAGAAAUUCAUGACCCUAGAUUCCUCUUUUAACCCUUUAUAUUUCUACCUUCAAAAUGUCCCAUUCUUAUAGUAUUACUUUUAAAUCAAUUCUUAUGCUGAACUUUGUUUUGUUACAUAAAUAUCGUGGACAAAAAUAACACUACUUAUAAAUUGCUUACCUAUUGUGGUAAAAGAGGAGCAUCA